AUGCUUGUGGAUGAAGAAGGGACUACAGAUAAUAAAUCUAGCAAUCAGGCGGUAUCGGUAUUGACAGCCGGUAUACGUGCCAUUGCGUACCAGAUCCAGAGCUUGUACCUAAGGUCACCGGUCAAAUUAUUUCGUCCAUCAAGGUUUGAUUACUUGGCCUACGUACGAGCACUUGCAAACAGACACAACAAUAUUAACGAAAAGCCAUACAAAUUCCGAACACACUCUUCGAUUGGGAUGCUAGUUAGUGUGAUUAGGAAAGAAGGGUGGAAGUUCAUACCCGAUCAAGUGAUGCCGCCUCUAAUUGCCAACUCAGCGACGGGUGUUAUCCUAUAUGCCACAUACUUGAAUACUUUGGAUCGUUUGACAACAAAGAGGGGCGACAAACGUAGCACUGAGUUUAACCGGUACUCUCCACUUGACACAUGGCGUGCAGGGUUUGUUGCUGGUGCCGUACAGUCUCUUGCCGCAGCUCCAGUUGAUGCAAUUUACACUAGACUGUCUGUGUCCGAAAUGAUUGAGGGUUCGCAUGAAAACCUAUGGAAGUUUGGAAUUAACAAGUUGAAAGAAAUUGGUCUAGUUGGGGUGUUUGCCGGUUACAGUUUCUCGUUGAUUAAGGAAAGCGUUGGGUUUGCGUUUUACUUUUCCACUUUUGAAACGAUCAAAACUCAGGGAUAUAGCAUAACCUACAAAAUCUUCAAAUUCUUUAACGACCAAGAGGAAAUGAUCAAGAGAAGGCUUCAAUCGAUUUUCAAUUGGGAUGAGAUGAAAGCUGACGAGAAAAUGCAAAGACUAGAGCGGUACCGACUGGAAAGACUCUUGAAGACAUCAUUUAUAUUGAUUGCAGGGGCAUCCGCUGCGUUUGCUCUACUUGCGGUACAAUACCCUUUGACUAAAAUCCAAAAGAUCCACUUGUCGAGGUUAGAGGCUUUGGAUAUUUACAAUGCAUCAACUAGGAAAGACAAACCGUUUAUCAAGUUGUACUAUAAUUCCUAUAUUGACACGUUUAAUCAAGUGCUAAGAAUGAAGCAGAAGGCGAAAGUUACGUGGUUUAAAGCCGCAUACAGCGGAUUCGUUCGAAACGCAGUGACUACAAUUCCUGCAACUUCGGUCGCAUUACUUGUAUUUGAAAUUACAAGAACAAGACUAACUACUACCAUGGAUGAACCGGAGAUGUUAGCACCUUGA